AAUUUCCAGAGGAUUUCUUCUCUGCAUGGGACUGCGGCUGACCAACUUCUUUUACCUUCCAAUACCAUCUUGGAAUUCCUAACAUAAAUUCUCCAGGAAAUUAAUCUUAUCGAUAUUAAUGCAUUAGUAUUCUAUAUAUACACAUACACACACACACACACACACACACACACAAUAUGGAUGAAGAAAUUCAACCUGAUCUAUUGCCAAGUUCUUUCAUACCAGACAUCACACUUCCAUUAGUACCAUCAACCUCAAUGAAUCUUCUAUCUGAUCCACUCCACCAGCUCACACAAGAAUCUGAUCAAAUAGCUAAUUCAGAUAUAGACUGGAUAAGUCUCCUUUGUGGCUCUACCAAAUAUGAUGACCAAAACCCAGCUCCAUCAUCGCCAAUUGUAUCCAUCAAGGCUAAAAGUGAAAAUAAAGGAGAAAAUCAUGGCAAUAAAAACAAAGAAAAAGUUACCAGAAGUACAAAGAAGGCAAUCCCACCAAGAAUCGCAUUUCAUACUAGGAGUGCUGAUGAUAUUCUCGAUGAUGGGUACCGGUGGAGGAAAUAUGGACAGAAGUCUGUGAAGAAGAACAACAACCCAAGGAGCUACUAUCGUUGUUGCCAUCAUACAUGCAAUGUGAAGAAACAGAUCCAACGCCUGUCGAAAGACUCCAGCAUUGUAGUGACAACAUAUGAGGGGAUUCACAACCAUCCUUGUGAAAAAUUGAUGGAGAGCUUAACCCCACUUCUCAAGCAAUUGCAAUUCCUAUCCAGAUUCCAACACUUAGAGCCAGUCCAUUCAUGUCAUGGACAACAACUUUAACAUCAUCAAUACAUUGUACAAAACUAAUCAUGGGAAAAUAGGUAUACUAUUGAACAUUGGGAGCAUUCAAUGUACCAAGAUAUUUGAUAAAUUAUCUUGACCUUUCAUUGGAUACAUCCAAGGGUUAAAAGCAUUUGGAAGUCAUAGGUAUUUAUCUUCAACAUUUGUACAAGCAUUUGGAAUUCAUAAGUAUUUGUCCUCAUGAUUUGUAAUGGACAAAAUAUUUGUCAAAUAUCUUGGUAUAUAGAAUAUGACCCGUCAACGUUAACCCCCCUCUUUGACUUUUCUGCAA